AUGUCUUCCUACAAAGCCGUCAUCGCCCUCGGGCUCUUCGCUACCGCCCAGCUUGUCGCUGGCCACGGUGCCAUCAUCAAGGCUGUCGGUGAUGCCGGUGGCUCCGGAAUGGCUCUUGGUGUUGACACCUCAACUCCCCGUGAUGGAACUCGACGCAACCCAUUCCAGCAGGAUUCGACCCGCUUUAAGGGCAACACCGCUGAUACCUUCGGUGAGACCGUCGGUGCUGGUGAUAACGACAUAGAGGCGGGCACGAAGGCCAUCAUGGCUGAGACUGGCGAUAUGCUUCCCCAGGUUAAGGCCGGUGGCGAGCUCACCAUGACUCUGCACCAGGUCAACGGUGACGGAGGUGGUCCCUACACCUGCAUGAUGAAUACCGAUGCCACCGGUGCUCAGUGGACCGACAUCCAAGUAACACAGACUCCUCCCGGCCAGAACUCCCGCAAUCGGGCCGGCGCCAAGACCGACUUCCCUCUGAAGGCAGCGAUCCCCGCUGAUACCAGCUGUACCGGUACUGUCGCCGGGCAAGAGAACGUCUGCGUGGUCCGUUGCCAGAACGCCGCUCGCGCCGGACCAUUCGGUGGUGCUGUGCCAAUGCAAAUUGCUGGCACUACUACGCCUGCUGCGGCUCGCCGGGGUCUCAUGCUCGCUCUCAAGCGCAGCGAAGAGGAGCUCUCCGCAAUGAAGAAGCGCGCCGCCACUGUUGUGGAGGAUGAGGCGGACGAGGAGGAGGAGGAGGAGGAGUAA